AUGGAGGACAUUAUGAAUGCACUUCGUCACAUCCAAAAAGAGUUAGAUGAACAAAAAAUCGCCAUACAAAGAAGUGGAGAAAAAGUUACGGAACAGGUAACACAAAAUAUAAAUAGCAUAAUGGAAGAAAAAUUUACAAUUUUAGAAAAAAAAUAUGACAACCUCCAAACAAAAGUAGAAAAUCAAGAGAAACGUCUUUAUUUUUUGGAAAAACAAGCAAGACGACGAAACUUUGUAUUGUUCGGAUUAGACGAAAAAGAGACAUCAUACUCAAACUUGGAAAAUACUUUGGUAGAAUUUACAAAAAAAUACUUUGAGUUAAACAUAGAACGAAGAGACAUACAAGAAAUAAAGAGAAUUGGAAAAAAAGGAGAAAGACCUAGACCAAUUGUUGUCACUCUUUCUAAUCUAGGAUUAAAAAUCGAGAUAUGUAAACAAAAAAAUGCACUAAAAGACACAACAUACUAUAUAAAGGAAGAUUACCCACGGGAUAUAUUAAAUAAAAGAAAAGAAUUACAAAAGCAACUAAAGAUUGAAAGAGAAAAAGGAAACACUGCCAUAAUAAAAUACGAUAAACUUAUAGUACUAGACAAAGACAAGAAUAUAACAAAUAAGAGAAAUCUCUCAAUAUCUCCUGAAAAUAUCCAUAAUCUAGUAAAUAAACCAAAAAAGAAUAAACAACAACUGUCUGACUCAAAAAUCAAGGUCAUAAGGUCAAAUAGUGUCACCGAAAAAGCUAUAAAACCAAGCAUGUUGAACUUCUUGACAACGAAUAAAAAUACAUAACAACUAACCCCCUCUCUCCACGCUGAUACCACAAAUAAACAAACUUCAAUAAAAAAGACAAAAAAAUCUUCCAACCCGGCUGGUCACCGUGGAAGAUUACGACCAAAACCCUCCAAAGUUACAAAACUCAAACCCAACCUUAAAAACUUGGACAAAAUCUGAUAAAGCAUAGUCACUAAUACAAAAAAAAAAUAGAUAUAUAAAUAAAUAAAUAUAUAUACUAUCUGUCAUCAUACAUGACGAUAUCGUGGGACUUUCGGAAGUUAAAUGACAGGGUAACAAAUAGAAGAACACAACGCUUUUAUAUUUUGCUACAUUGGAACUUCACC